UUCAGGCAGACAAAGUCCCCCAGGGGCUACACCCAAAAUGGACAACGGUUCACAGGUUUUCAUACUUUUAUAACUUUUAGAAGUUUGGUCCUUUUGCAUAUUGGGGUUAAUCUUCCAAUUACAGCUUCAGGUAAUGAAGUCAUUUACCCCCAGUUUGCUCCCCCCUACUCACUUUUGUUUCCAUCUCUCAGGGACGGAGGUAGUGAGGUGUCCUUGGUUAUACACUAAAGAAUUGCAGGAUUACAAAUAUAUGAAAAAUAUAAAAGUUAAAAUACUAAGUCAUCAAUGCCAAGAAUCAGCUGAGGCUGGGGGAAGCAAAGGGUGGUUAGACAUGGUUAGACAGGAGAGAGAGCCAGAGAAGGUGCCCAGAACAGGAAGAGGCCAUAGGGUACCCUGCUGGCAAAACUUCUCCUUGCCCAUGGAAUCUCCAAGGGAGACCAAAAGGGCUGAAGGGGGAGGAAAGGAAAGGGUAGAAAAGGGUCUGGAAGAAGUAUAGCUUUGCCUUUUUCCCCUGGUUUACACCCAUAUAACCCCCCACCCAGCCCUGAGCCUCCCCUGUUUUUCCUGAGGGGUCAGUUGUGGCAGAGGUUGCAGACAGAGGGGACAGGAUGUGCUGCCUGCAGCCCACAGGAGGGCAGGGAGCUACCAACGCUGCCACCUUCAGAGCAGGACUCCUGGACAAGCUGUACAUGUCCCACACAGCCCCGGUGCCAGAACUCAUCCAUUCCCUUCUCCCACAUCCAGAGGUGCAAGUGACUUUCUCUGUUUCAUUAGCCCUUCAUUAUUGUCAAAGGGAGCUCUGUCUAUGUCUCUGGCCAACCCGGAGAAGAUGCAGCUGAGGUGCACCUGGGUCCAGGUGUGGGUGCAAGGGAGCAGCUGUCUGCAGUAAGGACCAUCAGUUGCUCCAGUGUGGGACUGGGGGGUUUGGAUGGAUGAGGAGUGGCACCAGCCCUGUGGGGUGCACCCAGACCUGCAGGUAGGAGGUGUUGCUGCCCCUCCGGCAAAGACAGACCCUGUAACCCAGGAAAAGGCCAAAAAGGAAGUCAGGUUCCUUCCCUCUUAUUUAAUUCUGCUGAGCCACCAAACUUGUGGGCUUGUGGUUGCAAAACAACUCCCAGUUUCAUAAGACCGAGAAGAAGUCAUUUCACCAUCAAGUGACCGGAUCUAAGAAAGAGAAACAAAAAGUCCUGAUAGCCUUUCCCAGGUCUGCCGGACCCUAGGACCUAAGUUGUCACAGGGGCCCAGACCUGGGCAUGUGACUGGACAUUGUGGUUCCAGUUCAACCAUCCCAGCCCUGCAGUCGUGCUGCAGAAACCCAAGCCGUGGGACAGAAGGCGGCUUGUGACAACGAGUUUGUCUCAGGAGCCACAAGAAGCCACGCAGCUGCUCGGUGCCUCUGGACAACGCUUUCCUCUGAAGAAGCCCUGCUUGAGCCAAAUACAGAGGGAGCCAAGAGGGACGUGAUGCUGCCUGUGACCCAUGUGCUGGCCUUGGGCGCUUGGCUGGUGUCACAGGGCGAGGCUGCACCGAGUGGCCCCACAAUCUCCAUCUUCCUGAAGCCACCUGGGGUGAUCCCACCUGGAGGCUCCACCACCAUCUGCUGCGUUUGCCAGUGCAGCUAUGGGACCUUUGUGCUGUACAAGGGCAGCCGCCAGCUCCACACCCUGGAGCAGAGUGGCAGCAGGGCCGAGUUCUCCAUCUCUAAUGCCACCUACGAGGACAGAGGUAGCUACAUCUGCCAUUACCUGGAGGGAGACACUGUGCUGGCUCGAAGUACCGAACUGGAAGUCUUUGUGGAAGAGCUCCGUCUGCCCAGCCCCGAGCUCUCUGUCCUGCCUGGGCACGAGGUGACGGCGGGAGCUGAGGUGAUGUUCCGCUGCACCCCCACACACCCCAGCACCGGCUGCUUCCUGUACCUGGAGGGCCAGAUCCGAGCCCAGCUGCUCCCCAGGGAACGAGGUGACUACAACCUCUCCCUGGUGCAGGAAGGUGACAGCGGCCGCUACAGCUGCCAGUGCUACACCCUCAAUGCUUCCAGAGAAUGGUCUGCUGUCAGCAACAGCCUGGACUUGGUGGUGAGAGGUGAGACAUGCCCCCAGCCACAUCCUGCUCCACUCUUCCUCCCAGCAAUCUGUCACACCCUGGGGGAGCUAGAAAAUUAUUUAGGGCAGGAAAGCAGCUGUAUGAGGGGACCAAGCGAGGAGUUCCAGCUUCCUUCACCUGUGUUUGAGCCUGGCCAGCUCCUCAGAGAACCUAUAGAUGACCUAGAGACCAGGGUUGCUGGGCUGACAGGUGGGGAUAAGAGGGUAUAAGGGAUGCAGAGGACACCUCUCCCUGCACCUCCCAGCCCCAGAGACAGUCAUAUGUGCUGUCACAGCUCAGUGUCACCAUCUCACUGGCAGUGGCAUCUGAGGGCCCGCUCCAUGUUUCUUCCCUCCUUUCCAUCUUUGGGGCCAUUUGGUGGGGUCACAGGUGAGAGGCUGUGAGUAGGGGGUGUACCAGGGGACAGGGAUGUGGGAGGUGCAGCUGGGGGCCUCCUCGGGGCUCCCUUUGCUCCCUAUGAAUUCCCCUUUGUGUUUCUUUCGCCGAGGACCUCCCUGGGUGCCCCCUUGGAUCCCCUGUUGCCCCUGUGGGAUCUCGCGGUGGGUUCCUCGCAGUGACGGUCCCUCCUGUCCCUGCAGAUUACACGCUGUGCAACACCGUGCGGCUGGCGGGGGCGGCCGGGCUGCUGCUGCUGCUGGGGCUGCUCGGGGCCGAGGCGGCGCGGAGCCGCCGGGGCGGCCGGAGCCGCUCACUGCCCUGCAGCCAC